AUGGCAGCCAGUCGAAUAAAUCCGGAUCGCCCUACUAUCCGCCUCUCCCCCUCCCACACCCGAAAUAACUCGCGCUCAGCCUCUGUUGAAAGAACCCCUAGCUCCAUCUACCAGCAACUCGACCCUCUCCUCAGCAACCUCUCCCCCGAAUCAACUCUCCAAGCCCUCACCUCCACCGAUGCGGUCCCUUCGAACGAACAAGCCGCUCAUGAUAUCCUCUCGCGAAGCAUCUCCCAGGUGUCACCCUCAGAACGCGCCCUCGGGAUACGCGCGGCAGUAGCUGCCCAGAACUUGAAUAUAUGGCACAAAGAGGUUCUAUCAUGGGAUUGGCCAAAUCAGCGCGACGCGAAGGUUGGGAUGGGGUUUAUUCCUCCAUCUGAGUCGCACUCUGGUGGAAAUCCCAUCCCUUCGGGCUUCUUGGCUCCCCCUAGCAACACCCAGGAAAGCUACUAUGGGAGCUUGUUAGCCAGCGUGGUUGAGCGAUACGAGAAGAGAGCCGAUGAAAUCCGCGAUGGAAUGGACGAUCUUAACGUGGAAGAAUUAAAGGAACACGUUUUGAAUGCCCACAUUCCAUCGAGGUCUCGGCCCUCGUCCGCCACAAGCUGUGUGUCCGUGCCACCGCCGCUCAGCUACGUACAGCUGAGUGACUUUACAGCGGUCAUUACCGCGACAAUCCUACGAGCACUUCCAUAUCUAUCGCGGCUGAACGCCCUACUUGCCACCUGGGAAGUUCGCCUUUUUGUCUUGCGCCAAAUUCCUGGUCUGCUGAGAGAGCUCAGCUUGACCCGUUCCGCCCUUGACUGCUCCCUCCACGCCUUACAAAUCUCACAUUCUUCUGCCUCCAACUCGAGCGAAUCCUCCGAUGCAUCCCUAGCUGCCGAGCAUGUUAAACUGGAGUCCGCAGUUGUGGCUGUGGGGAGGCGGAUGGACCGAGUUCUCGACGCGUUGGAAGGCCGUCCGGACUCUUUACCCGAACAAUGGAUUGAUGACCUGGAAGCCAUUGAGUCCGACUUUGCUACAUGGGUGGUGGAGGCUGAUAAAUGCAAGGUUCACAACGAGUGGUUGCGAUCAAAAGCCGAGGCCCAAAUGGCUCAGAUGCGUGCAGCCGACCUCCAGAGCGCAGAGUCAUUGAAGGAAACAGGGCAGGACCCGACAUCUGAUACAGCUAUAUCAGAACCUUCCGAUGAUCUCUACCCUCCUCCGGAUCAGGCUGAUAAACAUGAGCCUGAACUCCAGUGUGGCCUUCCAGUCUCGUCCAGUGACGUAAUACCAACUAGCCCACAAACUGUUGAACAAUCAACGAUGUCUCUUAAAGAGUCGCCACUUCCCAAAGACUGCGUCAAAGGGAAUGUUUCGCCAACCCUAAAACUCUCGAUAUCUCUAUCGAAGUCUCCAAUCGAAGAGAAGCAAGAAGAUCUCACACCUGUGGCCGUGGCAGAGGAUCUAGAGACACCAACACAGUCUGACUUUCCGCCAGCUCCUGCGAUCAGUCGACAGCUCUUUUCGACUCCUGCACAUACGCCUUGCGCAAUUGAUCGCACUAUGGAAAACAAGGAAAACAUCCCUCCGCCCGGCUUCCAACAGCUAGACAUAGCUAUAUCACCACCCACCCAGGCAUCAACAAAACCAAGUCCAUUGUCCGAGCAUAAGCCUCCAGCCGAGGAUCCUUUGCUUCAAUAUUCCGCUUCAUCUGAAAUGGAAGUUCAGCUUCCUGAGCUAGUUGUUUCUGUUGGUGUAACCGCCGCGGAAGAGCUCCAUGCCUCUGCUGGUCCCAAAGACUCGCUUCGUGAUACUGUGGCGGAUGAAAACGAGAAGAACUCCGAUAACGAGGAAAAGCAACCUUCUGCGCACCCCAAAUCAACCGAACUCAACCUUGAGCCUGAUACCAUCAGUCGUUCAGUUGAUCAAGACCCUAAAUCGCCCAUCGGGCCAGGUGGACAGAAUCAGUUUGAUACUCCAGUAGCAGCAACUAUCUCUCCGAUGCUCACGCCGAGCUGGUCAGACAUCCGAGUACCGAAAUCGAGACCGUCUGGCAGAGCUUCUCAAAUACCCAUGGCUGUGGCGUCACCCAAAUCGGGCUCAAAUCAUACGCCCAUCAAGUCUCAACCACCGCCGAAUGAAAGAAAAGCAGAACCUUGUCAACGGACUGUUCGCAAGCCGUUACAGAGCCCUAUUAAACUUUCCAAAUCCCGGGCAGGGAAGGUUGAUCUGGAUAAAGAUGGUAAAGUGGCACACAAAAUUACGCAUCGUCGUCGUACGUCUACUGGAUCUGUGGGCUCCUUGCUUUCAGACCAUUCUUCCCUCAUAUCCAGUCCCGAGGCACUUGAGCCGCGCACUGCUUCCUCCAAUGUAACGCCUGUUGGGGCAUCUUCUCGCCCUGAGUCUACACAUCCUCCUUCUCACGGUGACUAUACCUUGAGAGAGGAUCGUUUGCGUCGUCUGGAAAAUCAAAAGCCUGACCCGCGAAUCUCUUUCCAACAGAGUCGCACAGUCAGCCUACCCCUCGAGCGGUUUAUCAACGAACGCUUGGAGUUGGGCCUUGGAAGCGAGUCGGAGCUCGGCGUGGCUAGUGUGAACCCUUCUAGGACUAGGACACGCUCUGUUACAUCUGCCGACUUCCCCCAACCCCCAAAAACACGAACCAAAAUCACAUUCCAAGAUACUUCAGCUGUGUCCAUUCCGCCGGUUCCACGUCUCCCUACUCGCCAUCAUCAACUCUCCCGAGGAAAGUCUGCAACUGACUUGAAAUCUCAAAGUGAGAUGGCAAAAAUUGCGGAACGAAACAAAAGGACAUUCGGGAUGAAUUCCGCCCGAAGAGCCAUGGAGCACCUCCUUCAGCCCAAGUCUCUCCGGUUGCGGCAGCGACUGACGGCUCAUCCCAGUCUCGAAAGUCUGGGCGUGAAGAGACAAGAGCUCUCCUAUGUAGAAGAACAUGAAUCUGAGCUCACCGAUUUCGGAUUCCGCCCUUCCUCGCCAACCAAACACAGCAAGCAACCGCGAGACCAGCUCGACGAAAAGAUUAACUCGAUUCUCAACUCGUUGCCUGGUAAUAUUCACAUGGUGGACUCCAACCACGAGGUGGAAACAUCAUCGUCAUCGUCAUCCUUGGACCGACGAAUGCGGUACCGAUCCGAAUCCCCCGCUGGUCCAACUCGCAGCAGCACUCCCGCACCAUCUCUGACGUUGAUGCCCGCUGGCCGGAGACGGCAUUCCCAUGCUUUCAAGACAGAGGACAGCUGUGUCAAACUUUAUCACCUUCACCAUGGGGGCCAGUCCGCACCGACAAAACUGUUCGUUCGCACCGUUGGUGAAGAGGGGCAGCGAGUGAUGGUUCGUGUUGGCGGUGGAUGGGCCGACCUUGGCGAAUACCUUCGCGAAUACGUCAUUCAUCAUGGUCGCCGCAAGGUGUCUGAAACCCCCGUGUGGAGGUGCAAGGCAUAA